AUGCUCUGCCCGCCGCCAAAGGGCUUGAUCGCCAGCGCAGGGCUAUGGCUCUCCAACGUACGGGACCACUUUGAGGUGCACUGCGCAGACUUGCCACCCGAGGCGCGCCGCACCCGCUUCCUCGGCGGCGGCUGGCCUCUGUUCCGCACCCUCGAGGCUCAUGUGCGUGACCGCGUCCUCGACGACUACUUGCGCAAGCACUGCAAGUGCCGCCGAUGGCUCUACCUCGUCUUUGCUUCCCGCCACCCAUACCUCGCAGACAUGGGACGCCUUGUCCGUCAACUGUCCAGACCUAGAUCUGCAUCGCGACCCCUGGGUCAUGUGCCAGGCCCGUCCACGAAACCCCAGGCUUUACACCCCAGCGGAACCUUGAGCACCUCGAACAUUCAGAAUCCUUCCCGGGCACACGACCUGGACGACAAGACUAGCGUCAACCCAUCAUCCCCUGCCCAGGUACGAGCCCGGAUGGCACGAAUCAGCAUGGAGUCGAUCCGCAGGUACUUGCUCGCCCCGGACGUCCGCGAGCGCCCCCGCUCCGACCCAAUGGGCCCGCUGAGCGGGCAAGACCUCUCGACGUUGGAGGAUCUGCUGAAGAUUGCGGACGCGUUGGCCAUGUCCGACCGCAGCAACAGGGAUGCCGUUACCGCCUCCUUGGCGGGGCGGGACUGGAUCGAGCUCGAGCUGGAGAUGGACGACGUGUGGUCUGUGGACGACGGAACGGGAGGGGGGCGAGCAGGGGAGGAGUCGACGGUGAGGCCGGUUUUGCAGGAGCUGUACCCGGGGCCGAGCAUGCGCCGGGACAUGCCCGAGGACCAGCAGCAGCCAAGCGCCGGCUCAUGCGAAAAGGACCACCCCAAGUCUCUGCACGAGUGUGACCCGCAAGUUUGGCGAGCUGAAGCCGAGAACCGCGCUUUGCAUGCACAUCAUCAACUUGCCGCACCGCACCGGCACAGCGCACCGCCAAGCACCACCCGGACCCCCGAGUCCCGGCUCAUGGACAGGCCGCAGGCCAAGACCACGGGCAAGCGGCGCCGUGGAAGUGAUCAGACAUCGGACCGGCCCGGCAAACGGCGCCGAACGACAGAACGCCACUCCUGGAUAAAAUGGCUGUCGUCGGCCAUCUUUGGCGGCAAGCAAGAAGAGCAGGUCGAGGCAGCCGAUGAGCUGCGUUCCUCGGAUGCCGAGACGGAGAACGCGCUGGGCAGCCCGCGACGGCCGCUCUGGGCCGGUACGCCGGUGGGCGAUGUGCUGCGCCUGCGGGACCUGCGGGACCGUGAUGAUGAUGGCUUUUAUGAUGACUCCCUGGUGUCGCGCUGUGCCACGACACCGGCCGAGCUGGCUCGGGAGAGGGCGAGCGGGGAGCGUCCUCGCGCCGAUCUCCCUUUGCCCAGCGCACGUGUCCAAGCCGCCGAGGGCGAAAGCCAAACCUCGACGCCGCAAGCCCUCGACUCAAAGGCACAGGAACCGGCAGGCUCCCUGCCACCAAGCAGCGGCAGUGACGAUAAAUCCAGCUCCUACGAUCCAGUCGCCUCAUUCAUAGCCCGUAAAGUCCGAAGCCCCGCGCCGUCGCUCGAGCGCUCAUCUCCAUCCGAUCUUUCGAGAAUCGAUGCCCCCGCCCUCAUCUCCAAGCCUGAGCGCGAGCCUGUCGUCGAUCUCAACACCAUCGCCAUCGUCAUCGCCCUUCCUACCCGCCCCUGA